UUAUAGGUGCAGGAUAAUUUUUUAAAGCAAGAUUGAAUUAUUUUCAACAGUGGAUUGAGCUCAAGUGAUCCUCAAGCAUGUGGAGGUAGCAAUCUCAGAUAAUCUUAUUCAUUCCGACAAGAAUCAGAGCAAAAUUUGCGCUGAAGAAAUUUUUGGAAUGGUGCACAGAAAACAACAUGAAGAAAUUUAACGAUAAACGGAUUUCUGCGUGGGCACUCCUGCUACUCUUCACUAGCAGCCUAAUAUUUUCAGCCGUCGCCGACACCAAACUCUCCGCCUCUAAAGCCUCUUUGCGCGACAAAAGCAGCAAAAGUGACCCAACCUCACCCCAAACAAGCAUAAAGACAUGGAAACUUGUACGUAAUGCUGCCGAUGGUUCUACCGAAUCGCUGACUGUGAAAGAAAGCGAUGAAGAUGACGGUCGCUACAUCAUCAUCGAUGGCGGCAACACCGACACCAUCGGCAUCACCGAGUUCUUUAUUUACUUUGGCGCUGUUGCGCUCGCCAUCGUAUGCGCUUUGGCACUCCUGGGCAUCCUCUUGGCAGUUCUGGAUGGCAUCAGUGCCAAUCCUGCGGGUGGCGCAACCACCUACGGCUACGGCGGCACUCCUACGGUGCAGGACACUUACUCGUCGUAUAAGCGAGUGUUUGAUGUCGCUAAUGCCUUGGAGCAGAACUACAAGCAGUACGCCGACGUUCUCAAUCCUACCAUUUAAAUGUGGAGAUACAUAUUAUGUUUUAUGAUAUGUAAUAAAUAAAAAUAAUACCCUAAUGUUAUUCCGGUACGAUAAAACAUUCAAGUUUUAGUAAAGUAAAUGUGAGAGUUCGAUGAAGUGUGAAUUUUAUUUAGGUGUGACAGGCACGA